GUGAGAGAGAGAACGAGAGAGAACGAGAGAGAGAGAACACGUGAGAGAGAGAACAAGAGCGAACGUGAGAGAGAGAGAACAAGAGCGAACGUGAGAGAGAGAGCACGAAGAGAGCAUGAGAGAGAGAGAGAGAGAGCACGAGAGCGUGAGAGAACGAGAGAGCGUGAGAGAACGAGAGCGCGUGAGAGAACGAGAGAGCGUGAGAGAACGAGAGAGCGAGAACACGUGAGAGCGAGAACACGUGAGAGCGAGAACACGAGAGAGAGCGAGAACGAGCGCGAGAACGAGCGCGAGAACGAGCGCGAGAACGAGCGCGAGAACGAGCGCGAGAACGAGCGCGAACGAGAGCGAACGAGAGAGAGAGAGAGCGAACGAGAGAGAGAGAGAGUGAACGAGAGA